CGGCCCGCCCCGCCCCGCCCCGCCGGCCCGCCGCGCUGUGAAUGAAGGCAGGCGCCGCCGCGAGCCGGCUGCCAGCCACACGGCCCCGCCGGCCUCCCGGGAGGCGCGCGCCCCGCGGAGAUGUACGGUGUGUGUGGCUGCUGUGGUGCCCUUCGGCCCAGAUACAAGAGGCUGGUUGACAACAUCUUCCCCGAGGAUCCUGAGGAUGGCUUGGUAAAGACAAACAUGGAGAAACUGACCUUCUAUGCCCUGUCCGCCCCGGAAAAGCUAGACCGCAUCGGCGCCUACCUCUCCGAGCGGCUCAUCCGCGACGUGGGCCGUCACCGAUAUGGGUACGUGUGCAUCGCCAUGGAGGCGCUGGACCAGCUGCUCAUGGCCUGCCACUGCCAGAGCAUCAACCUCUUCGUGGAGAGUUUCCUCAAGAUGGUGGCCAAGCUGCUGGAGUCAGAGAAGCCCAACCUGCAGAUCCUCGGCACCAACUCGUUCGUUAAGUUCGCCAACAUCGAGGAGGACACGCCAUCCUAUCAUCGGAGCUAUGACUUCUUCGUGUCCCGGUUCAGUGAAAUGUGCCACUCGAGCCACGAUGACUUGGAAAUCAAGACAAAAAUCCGAAUGUCGGGCAUCAAAGGUCUACAGGGGGUGGUCAGGAAGACGGUGAACGAUGAACUGCAGGCCAAUAUCUGGGACCCGCAGCACAUGGACAAGAUCGUCCCCUCGCUGCUUUUCAACCUGCAGCACGUGGAGGAGGCAGAGAGCCGGUCUCCCUCACCCCUCCAAGCACCAGAGAAGGAGAAGGAGAACCCGGCAGAGCUGGCAGAGAGGUGCCUGAGGGAGCUGCUGGGCCGGGCAGCCUUCGGCAACAUCAAAAACGCCAUCAAGCCCGUUCUCAUCCAUCUGGAUAACCACUCCCUGUGGGAACCCAAGGUGUUCGCCAUCCGCUGCUUCAAAAUCAUCAUGUACUCCAUUCAGCCGCAGCACUCCCACCUGGUUAUCCAGCAGCUCCUGAGCCACCUGGAUGCCAACAGCCGCAGCGCGGCGACGGUGCGCGCGGGCAUCGUGGAGGUCCUGUCGGAAGCUGCGGUCAUCGCCGCCACCGGCUCUGUGGGGCCCACGGUGCUGGAGAUGUUUAACACGCUGCUGAGGCAGCUGCGGCUCAGCAUCGACUACGCGCUGACGGGGAGCUACGAUGGGGCGCUGAGCCUGGGCACCAAGAUCAUCAAGGAGCACGAGGAGCGCAUGUUCCAGGAGGCCGUCAUCAAGACCAUCGGCUCCUUUGCCAGCACGCUGCCCACCUACCAGCGCUCCGAGGUGAUCCUCUUCAUAAUGAGCAAGGUGCCGCUGCCCUCCCUGCACCAUGUGGUGGACUCCGGCAGGACAGGGGAGAACAGGAACCGGCUGACCCAAAUUAUGCUGCUGAAAUCCCUCCUUCAGGUGUCCACAGGUUUCCAGUGCAGCAACAUGAUGUCAGCCCUGCCCAGCAACUUUCUGGACCGCCUUCUCUCCACUGCUCUCAUGGAGGAUGCCGAAAUCCGCCUCUUUGUUCUGGAGAUUCUCAUCAGUUUCAUUGAUCGUCAUGGCAACCGCCACAAGUUCUCUACCAUCAGUACCCUCAGUGACAUCUCAGUCCUGAAGCUCAAAGUGGACAAGUGCUCCCGACAGGACACCGUCUUCAUGAAGAAGCACUCGCAGCAGCUGUACAGGCACAUCUACCUGAGCUGCAAGGAGGACACGAACGUGCAGAAGCACUACGAGGCGCUCUACGGCCUGCUGGCGCUCAUCAGCAUCGAGCUGGCCAACGAGGAGGUGGUGGUGGACCUCAUCCGCCUGGUGCUGGCCGUGCAGGAUGUGGCCCAGGUCAACGAGGAGAACUUACCCGUGUACAACCGCUGUGCGCUCUACGCCCUGGGAGCAGCCUACCUGAACCUCAUCAGCCAGCUCACCACGGUGCCCGCCUUCUGCCAGCACAUCCACGAGGUGAUAGAGACCAGGAAGAAGGAGGCGCCGUACAUGCUCCCCGAGGAUGUGUUUGUGGAGAGGCCCAGGUUGUCGCACAGUCUCGAUGGUGUGGUGAUUGAGUUCCUCUUCCGCCAGAGCAAGAUUAGUGAGGUGCUGGGGGGCAGUGGCUACAAUUCGGACCGGCUCUGCCUGCCCUACAUCCCUCAGCUGACAGAUGAGGAUCGCUUAUCCAAGAGAAAGAGCAUUGGAGAGACCAUUUCCCUGCAGGUGGAGGUGGAAUCCAGGAACAGCCCGGAGAAGGAGGAGCGUGUGCCGGCCGAGGAGAUCACCUACGAGACCCUGAAGAAGGCCAUCGUGGACAGUGUGGCGGUGGAGGAGCAGGAACGCGAGCGACGGCGGCAAGUGGUGGAGAAAUUCCAGAAGGCGCCCUUCGAGGAGAUCGCAGCCCACUGCGGGGCCCGGGCAUCACUGCUGCAGAGCAGACUCAACCAGAUCUUUGAAAUCACCAUCCGGCCCCCGCCGAGCCCGUCGGGAACCAUCACCGCUGCCUACGGCCAGCCUCAGAACCACUCCAUACCCGUCUACGAGAUGAAGUUUCCUGACCUGUGUGUGUACUGAGCUCCCGGAGAUGAAGCUCCUCGCAGGGAUGGGGGCUGAGGGAAGGGCUGACCCUCACACCCAUCCCUGCCCUUGAAAAUCUAGCUGGGAUAUCUGACAGCUGGCCCCUCCCAGCUAAGUAAAGGCAAAGCCUCCAGGUCCCUCCAGAACAUCACCACCCUCCUGCCUCCGGCCUCCCCUGGGGAAGACCCAGGCGCCUGCCCCUCUCCGGUGCCCUCCUCCUUCUCUUCCUUCAGCCAGGGUGGAGCAUCGUGGGGUGGGCUCUAGAGAGAAAGGGGAGGGAAGCUAGGCUUGGGGUUGGCGGGGUGAAGGGCUUCCACUGAGGCUGCAUCUCAGGGCUCGUCUGGUGUCCCCAGAGAAGGCAGCAGCUGGAGACCUGAUUGGUCCAAGGAGGAACCAGUGCGAGCUCCCCUUGGAAAGGAGAGGUGAGAGCCGAGUCACAGGAGUCUCCCCCUCCCUGGCUGGUCCUCAGCUGUCUGCUCUUUCUACUGCAAUUUGACAUGGAGGCGCUUGCCGCUGGAACUGGGGACGGAGACAAGCCAGACGGGGCCAUGAAGAGGAACGCGGGGGAGCAGGCCUGGGGUGGGAGGAGGCUGGUUCUGCCGACUGUCCCUGGCACAAGGGGACGAGUUGCGUCCUUCUAUAGCAUCUCUCCUCCUUUGUUCAGAGGGAGUUGUAGGGGGUGCUCUCUGUUUUCUGAGUGUUGGUCUUUGAGUUACUUGGGCUCUCUCUCUGUUUUUCUCCCAAGGAUCCUAAGGAGUUUCCACAACCUGUGGGUUGAGGGAAGGCAGAAAAAGAUAGUGUGGUUCAGUGAUGGAGAACCUUUUGGAGUUUCUGGUCCUAGCAAACGGCCAGCUAUGGUGUGCAUGCGUGGGUUCCCACCACCCGUCUAGUUCUAGGUGACUCAAGUGGGUGAAGUGCAGGGGCCCCGAGGCCUGCCCACAGGGUCUCUGAGGAUGGUCUCCCAGCUUGGCUGGGGGAGCAAGUCGAGGGGGGAGUUGGGCAAGCAGCCUUUGGGGCUCAGGAGCCAAUCUGUCGGAUGUUCCAGUCGAGGAAAUGGAGCCGGCACCUGCUAUUCAAGUGAUUUCUCACUCUGGAAAACUGGGGUGCCUGUGCCACCUGGCAUUGGAAGAGGCAAUGGAGACCCCUUUAGGUUCCGGGCUUCUGUUUCCCGAGUGCCACUUGUUUGUCCCUGCUGGCCGCAGACCCAGAGCUGGGCAGGGCAUGGAAAAGGCCGCGUGCCGAGCUCCACCUCUCCGACCCUUCCUCUGAGUGCCUUUGGGUAUCCUGGUGUCUGUGGAAGCAGCAGCCCGCUGUGGUCAAGAGGAGCCUUUUCUUCCCAAGCUUUGCCUGUCUUUCCUGAGCUGACGUAACUCACAGCGAGGUGUAAAUGGUCAGAUGUUCCCUGCGUGGAGAAUUUGUGUUUAAAGGGAGACAGUACAUUUCUUGACCCACAAGAACCCAUUUUUUGGGUACAUUUUAGGCAGUACAGCAAGGGGUCAGAAGGAGGCUGUGUCUGCUCCAGGCUGGCAAGCUCCCCAGGACACCCUCAGGUCACACCCUGCACAGUGACCAAAGGGCCAUCAGGGCAGAUGGGUGCAGAAUCCUAACACACCGCACCGUGGUAAAUGUUGGGGCAGGGGCUUCUGAGCCUUUGUCCACACUUCCCCGAGACAUCUCUUCCCCAGGGUCACUGUCCCGGCUGUGGGCCUGUGGCUUCUGCAUGGCCUGCAUGAUCACAGGCCUGGGCUGGGGAUAGGCUCCUGCUCCCCAAGGCUUUGGGGCUAUCUUUUGUGGUUUUUGUGUAACUUAUGCUCAAUGCAACUCUACAGGCAUGAAUUUAGAUUUCUAAUUCUCAUAAAGAAACCAAGUUUAAAAUAAAUUUAAACAAACUUAAAGGCAAAUAACCUCUAGGAAAAAAAAUGAAGGAAAAUCUAAACUUUGAGCCACAAACGUCUUCCCUCAUCAGAUCUUUCCAUCUCUUACGCACCCUUGGCUAACAGAGGGGACUCCCCAUGUCUUCCUCGUAUCCAGGCAGCAUUAAGGUUACUCCGAGCAUUGCCUGUGGGGCCCUGGUUCUGGGACUCAAGACACUUCCUGGAAUCAUCUUCCUUCUAAAGGCAGCUUUAGAACCAGAGACCUUGAGGUCUGCUCAGACUUCUCAGUCUCUCACCUACUGCUGGGAAGAGAGAGAAGAAAAGCCUAAGAAAAGGCUUCUUAGGCCGCCUAGACCUCCGUCUCAGCUAGUAGCUUCCUCCACGCUGUGGCUGCUGAGCAAAGACUCGCUGCUUUCAGAGAACCAGCUGUGUCCUGCACAUUCUUGUCUGUUUCGGUUUAAAGUUAUGCUCAGUAGACUCUUAGGAUGCCUGCCGAAGUGGAGUGGACUUUGGAUUCUGGUCAACUAUACCUCAGAAUCAGGAUGUUUAAGGGGAGCAUCACCUUGGACAGAAUUAAAUAGUGAAUACAGUGAUGCCUGUCACCCCAUCACAAGGCCUGGAGAGACCAGAGUGAAGUUGAGUGGGAUCCAGAGGUGGAAGCUUGUGUCCCUGUCUCCAGCCUACUGUCCCUGCAGCCUGCCUUCUAGGCCCUCUGAAUACACUGUCUUGUGCCCCAUUGUUUUGCCCUUCUGUGAGCAUGAGCCAGGAGGAACCCGCCAGCGCAUUGAGACCAGCUGCCUGCAAAAGCUACCAGAGACUCUCUCUGGCUUUGUGGGUAAGGGACAGGGCAGUCAGCAUCCUGCUGGUAGAACUUAAAAGGCCUUGAAUGUAUUUGAGAGUUGGAAAUUCUGUUAAUUUGAUUGGGUCAUAAAAGUGGAUGAGAAGCAGCCAAGUGUCCCCGUAGUCCCAGGGGAGCUGGUCUCAGUGCCCUGGGCUUGUUCCCAGUUUCCUCUCUGUGAUGAGAUAAGUGGUUUCUUCCCAAACUGCCUCCUCACCAGGGGUGGAGCCUAUGCAGAAAACCCCUCCAUACUCCCCUGUCCAGCUUCUCCCCGCUACCUGUAUACAAAUCGGUGAGCAGGGCAAGGUGGGGCCUGGGACCAGCGAACAGGCACGGCACCGUGUCGUGUUUGUGCUGCCUUUUGUCCUGGCUGUGCCAGGGCCACAGGACACAUUUCAACCAGAGUAGGUGUCCGAACAGCCUGUAGGUUUCUUUAGACACAGACCUCUGGGCUGUGGGGGCGCAGGGCUGGUCUUGCCUUUGUUGUCCCCAGGCCUUGUGACCAACUUGAGGUACGAGGCUGUUUUUCCCAGUUUUUUCUUGUGACCAGGAAAUGUGACCAGGGGGCCUGCUGAGGAGAGCCAGACCUGGGCUGUUGGGCUGAGUGUUGUGUUUAAAGGCAGACAGAGCUCAUCUUACCAGGGCAGGCCAUACCUGCUUCCUGUGACCUUGUCCCUGGCAGGCAGGUUCAUUCUAUUAGUCCUAGAAAUCUGGCUGCUGUGACCCUUUUUCCCAGAUCAGGCCUAGGUCAGAAGAUUGCAGGAGGGUCAUGGUGGUCCCUGUGCUGGAGCCUGACUGGCUGAGACGUGGUGCGGAGCCUCGGGGACAGGAGGAAGGACUCUGUGGCUGGAGGCACUUUCUGAGCUCUCCUGGGACAGCAGCCUGGCUGACCAGGGCUUCAUCCAGAGGACCCGGGGCUUCCUGAACCCACCACCUUCCCAUUUAGCCCUUUUUUUGACUGGAUUCUGGCGUAUGAAGUGCAGAGUUGUAGGUCGUAUAUGCUGCAGCCCAUACAUGGUGAUGUGUCUGUGUCCACCCAGCCCUUCACGACCUGGCUGAGUGUGUGUAUGUGCCUGUGUGUAUGCAUGUGUGUAACAUAGUCUGUAGUCGGCAAUAUCUGUAUAUAAUGUCUGGCAUUUAUACGUGAGUGCACAGUUAGUGCCCAUGGCAGUUUUCUGUAUUUUAAACUUAUUGCAUCAAAUUAGUUUUAUUUUAGGGAAGCAGGGAAAUAGGAGUGUGGGAAGGACUCUUAGCAAGAUCAUUCUUUAGGACAAUUAGUUGCAGUUUCCCAGGAAGCCUUCAUGAUGCCCUUUUCAAAUAAAUGUGAAUGUUGUCACUA